AUGGGGAUAAUUUGUGGAUAAAGUAUGAAACAUAAAUCUUUAGAAUUUCAUGUUUAAAGACCUAUGUCUUAAUCAAUAAAAUAUGAAUAAGAAAAUGUUGAACUUGAAGAUUAAGAUCAGUUAUUUUGCCCAUCCUUGACUAAGAAUUAUAUUUUAAACCCAAGAUUCCUCAUUACAGAAGAAUCAAAAUGUGAAAAGGAAGAGUAAAAUCUAAUCUCCCUUGUUCAAUAAAGCUCUUCUUAAUUGUCUUUGGGAAUUUAGAGUGAAUUAAACAAUAUAAACGAAAUUCAAAACAAACAAAUAAACUAAAAUAAAUUAAAGCCAGACUUAACAAAUUCAAAAAGAAUGAGUUUAGAAUAGAGAUAUAAAAUUGCUAUUUCACCUUCUUAAUAUAGAAAACGAAAUAAUAAUAAUGGAUAAAGUCCUUUGGCCAAAAUGUUCUAAGGUUAAAAUUCAACUGCAAAACAAAAAGAGUAAUUAAUUUUAACCAAAGGAAAGAGAAAAUAAUCAAAUUAAGAGGAAUGA